CAUUUUAGUCGAUUUAAGGCAGCCUACUCCGAAAUAUAUGAGGUCUACGCAGCUCGAGCUCAGUCAGGUAAUUUCUAAGAAAGCAGAUUCAUCGUUAUUUAUCCCAGAUCAUUUUGAACCUGAUUCAAGGUUAUUAAGACUAAAACCUCAGAGGAAAAGGUUCUUCAGGUAUGACACGAAUGAUACGAGACUGAAAUCUACCAAAAAUUCUCCAUCUGCAACACGGAGUUAUUUCAGCAAAAAUACAGAUAAAUAAGCAAUAUCUAAGGACUAAGCGAAAGAUCAAUGGAGAUAGCAGGAAGAACACUGGGUUUAAUAAGAACAAGAGAACAUUGAGACGAAGAGUUCUUGAGAGGAGAAUAAAAGCAGCGUUAAACCAAGAAGUUGCUGUUCAGAGUGGGGAAAUGAAGGUUGAUGAUAUCAAGCCAGAAAAAUCUAUACAAGAAAAAUGAGGCGGUGAAGAAUCAGUUCAGUCUAUUAAUGAACAGUGUCCUAAUAUUCAAGUGAUAGAAAAGUUAAAAUAAGAAAUCUUGUAAGAAAAAGCAACAACUGAAAAGCGUGGCCGAAUUCAGCAUCAACCUUGGACUAAAUAAUGAUAUUAGCUUGGAUAGCUCUCCUGUCUCUUUUAUCAAUUUUAGUAAGAACACAGGAAGGCAGAAUCAACCAGUUUCCCAAAGCAGAGGGACAUCUCCGAUGAAUUCUUCUCCGUUUCUACUGGAUAAUUCAAUGGAAAUGUAUAACAAAGCAUCAUUUGGGAGUAAUCCACGAUUUAUUACUACCAAGCUUAAUGUAAUUACCUGUGAUUCUUUGCCUAAAAUCCCUGUGAAAAAGACAAUCAGGCCCCCAAAAGUGCAGAUCAGGACAAACCGGCUGAGAAAAUUAUAUAGAUUAAUUGAAGAAAAAACUAAUCGAGCGAUGAAAAGGCGUCUGAAUCAUGGCAGAGGAGCCACUAUUUGGGACUCUCAAGUCUGAGGAAGCCGGAUCACCAAGAGUAGGCUUAAAGAGCUUUAGCAAUUAUUUUAGUGGCUUAGAGAGUAAUGAAUAGUUUCAAUAU